CGCAAUUGUCAACUGCAACAUUGUUUGCACCCCAAGAACAUUUUACUCAUCCUACCAUCGUCUCUGUCAUCAGCAUUGCGCCGGUGUUGAAGGCUACCUAGGCUGACAAAUGUCGGGAACGUCGAUUUUGUCCUGUCUAAUCUCUAGAUCUAUCUGCUAUGGGGGACGUUCUAUCGCCUACCGCUCCUAAUGGCGCUCACACUCCUCCCCCAGUAGAAGCAGAUCCUCUCAAUGUCCUCGAGCACAUUGCCAAUCUGAUCGAAAUCACUCUUGGCGCCGCCAGACGAGAACUCGAGGCUGUUGGGAGCCUGCUGUCCAAAGCAGAGCGUGCCGACUCCCUGGAUAAAUGUGCCAAAUUCGCAAGUGAUUCGCAAAUCACACUAUUCGCGCAGAAGGACAUCAGAGAUGAGCUGGUCAAUGGCCAUGAUGAUACACCGAAAAUCGAGCAUGUCUACAGACUAUCCGCUGACCUCUCGCCCACGCCAACCACAGUCGCAUCGAUAGCCCUUCUCAAGUUGUCUGGGCCUCUUGACGCUCGGAAACCACUGGCGCAUCAAAUACAAGUCUUCAAUCUCCCCGGCUCAUACGCUGUCGAUGGCGAAGCCAAUACCAAUGCCGAACUCGCCUCCCCUUACACGGUUGUUUAUUCGCUUCUACACAAUGUCCUCAGUCCGUAUUUUGAUGCCUACACAAGAACGGGUGGAUCCGCGGGUCGCACUUGGUAUGAUGCGCAAGCCAAGGGUGGAGUGCCUGGUGCAAAGAGAAGGAUGAAAGAACUGGAAAUAAGUCUCCUGAACCUGCAGCAGAAUACCGAUAUUCCUUUGGUCCACCUGCCCCUGCACGAGGUCGUGGUACAUACCCUACAGGAUGCGGCUGCCCAAGGGGUGUCACCUUCUGUUCAGCUGAUUCCAACUCAUGUCCUGGAAAACAGCACGGUACAGAACAGCCUUACCAACUGUGUCAACGGCUGGAUCAAGUCAAUACAAGCCCUCACAAAGCUUGCCAAAGACCUAUCUGGUGCUCAAGCUACUGCUGCGCAGGAGAUCAACUUCUGGCUGAAUCUGGAGUCUGCCUUGGCUAAGUUGGGGGACGAACUGCAGUCCGAUGGCGUCAAGCUGACUAUGGAAAUCCUGAAGAAAGCAAAACGACAGCAGCAGGUAAUAGGAUUUGACACCGAUACCGGGUUGAAAGAGGCUCGCGAUAUCGUACACAACUACAAUACUCUGAUGCGGGACUUCCCACUGGAUGAGCUCUCUUCGGCUGGCUCACUGGACAAAGUGGUAGAAGCAUUGGACUCUAUAUUUGGACAUCUGAACAAGAAGUGGAGGGUCUGUAACUAUCCCAUCCGACGGGCACUCAAAUUGGUCGAAGGCAUCUCUGCGGAACUGAACACCCAAAUCCACACUCUGCUCCAAGGGAGGUUGAUAAUGUCGUCCAGCUUCAAAGACUUCCAAAAGCUGAUGGAAUCUGUCAAUAAAGUAUGGGCCACUUGGGAUGACAAUCUGAAGAGUUUUACUGCAGUCGCGCGUGAGAUAACCCGACGGAAGAACAACGAUUUUGUUCCCGUGAAAAUCAGCUCUCAACAUGCUCAAACCCAAGAGCGCCUUCGGUAUGUCAAUCAAUUUCGAAACAAUCACGAGCAGCUACUCCAGACCAUUGUCAACGUCCUCGGUCCAAAGUCCAGCGCUACUGGCGCAACUGCCUUGGCUGAUGAAGGUGGUGCGGCAAUCAUCGAAGAACUUGGCGAUGUGGAUGCUGUUGAAGAAGUGUCCGCUGCAUACGAAGUCGUCCGGCACGUCAAUGUUCUGGAUGUGUCCGAUGAAGGCACGAGAGUCUGGGUCGAUGCAGAAAAUCAGUACACCGAGAGAACUUCCCGUGUAGAAGAUUCAAUCAUCGCAAGACUGAGGGACCGCUUAGGCAAGGCAAAGACGGCCAACGAGAUGUUCCGGGUCUUCGAAAAGUUCAACGCACUGCUUGUCCGACAGAAAGUACGGAGCGCGAUAGCGUCAUACCAGGCCCAGCUCUUAGACAAUGUCAAGAGUGCGAUCGCUGCCCUUCACGAGCGAUUCAAGCAACAGUAUGGCGGGUCUGAAGCGCAAAUGAUGGCACAGCUUCGUGACAUACCCCCAGUGGCCGGUGCUAUCCUGUGGGUGCGUCAGAUCGAGUCACAGCUGGAUGGCUACAUGUCCAAGGUCCAGGCCGUUUUAGGAGAGGACUGGAAGCUGCACACAGACGGAGAGAAGUUGCAAGCCGAAAGUAACAUGUUCCGAAAGAGGCUCACGACUCGAGACAUCUACGAGGCUUGGUUAUAUGAUGUUCAGUCGAGAGAUAUCUCGGUGACAGGCCGACUCUUCAUCAUCACUCGCAGCCGGAGUGCAAACGGUGCCUUGGAGCUCAAUGUCAACUUCGACAACCACGCCAUAUCUCUGUUCAAAGAGGUCAGAAACCUGACCUGGUUGAAUUUCCAGAUACCGCAUCGCAUUGCCACGACAGCCAAACAGGCUCAAAGAGUAUAUCCGUAUGCUUUGAGUCUAAUGGAAAGCGUUGCUGGGUACUUCUCGACCGUUCGCUCUAUCCUAGAAAUGCCAAACAUGGCACCUUUGAUGGCCGGCUAUGAGAAGGAGGUACAGAUCCUCUUUGCCACUGGCGUGAAGUUACGUUGGGAUUCUUUUAUCCAUUCCUAUGAACUACACAUCAAAGGCAAGUCUACUUCCAACGACUCGGCGCAUGUGCAGUAUGUGCGUGAUCUGGCCACUGCGGUUGCCGUCCUGCAGAAUAAGACGGCAAUUAUCCGCGAGCUCGACCAGAAGAUCCAGCUUGCGCUUUCAGAGAUGAAGACAUGUCCAUACUCGGCUAAGGCAUUCCAGACUCAGAUGGAUGUCAUUCAGAAUGCCGUGGACAAGAUGAAUCUGGAAAGCUAUGCCAACCUGUCGCAAUGGGUUUCCGGACUCAAUCUACAGUUGCGGCUCAUUUUCCAGGAUCGACUAAAGCAGGCUCUGAAGCACUGGACCAACACUUUCACGUCCCUUGACGGACAAGAUGGAGAUCAGCACCUCAUCCCGGCACCAGAGGACGCAAUCUACCACGUGUCAUUUCCCCAGACAGAAAUUGAGAUUAUGAUGAACAACCAGACCAUCUUUGUGGAUCCGCCUCUACAUUCUGUUAAGGCCAGUUGGGUAACUCAACUCGAAGACUGGCUCGAUGUCCUCUGUCACCUACCCCAAAUUGCUCUUCGAUAUCAAGUGACGACAGAUGCUGGGUCUGCGCAGUCGACGCCCACGUUUAAGGAUCUGCCGUUGGAAAAUGUAGACACUCUGGUUACGGCUUACAGUGCCAUCAAUGACAAGGUUGAUCAGAUGUCUACCUACCUCGAUGAAUGGUACACAUAUCAAAACCUUUGGGAUCUCCGCAGUGACCACUUGCACGAAACUCUGGGCGAUGAUCUUGGUCAAUGGCAUCAGUUGCUACAAGAGGUCCGCCAUGCGCGCUCCACUUUUGACACAUCUGAAGGCCGAAAGACCAUCGGCACUGUUGUCUUUGACUACGAACAGGUUCAGUCAAAGAUUACACAGAAGUACGAUCAAUGGCAAGACGAGAUUACGAGAAAAUUUGGCGGUAUUCUUGGCACCCGGAUGGCCGAAGUUUUCAGCGACAUGCGACAAGCCCGUCAGGAUCUUGAGAAUCAAUCGCUCGAAGCAUCAUCGACCGCGCAAGCUGUGGCAUUCAUUACCACUGUACAACAGUGCCGACGAAAUGCUGCCUUAUGGGGACCUGAAGUGGAGAUAUUCCGGCAAGGGCAGACGGCGCUUUCCAGACAGCGAUACAACUUCGGCAGCGAUUGGCUUUCUGCAACUCAAGUGAGUGACGAAUGGGACGCUUUUGAGGAGAUCCUCGGCCGGAAAAGCAAAAUUGUCCAAGACCAGACGGACGCUUUGCGGUCCAAUGUCACCAACGAAGAUCGCGCCAUCAGUGGCCGGAUAGCAGACGUCGUUGCUCAAUGGUCAGAAGAGAAACCAGUUUCGGGAACGAUUCCACCGGCCGAAGCUGCUGAGGUGUUGCGCACAUACCAGACUCGGAUGGAAAAGCUGCAAAGCGAAGCUGACACAGUUGCUAGAGCCAAGGAAGCCCUUGCACUGCCCUUGACCAAGGACAAUGGACUGGCUUCUGCUCUCGAAGAGGUCGGGGAUUUCAAAUCAGUAUGGUCUGCGCUCUCAACGAUAUGGCAAAGUAUCAAUGACCUCCGCGAUACACUGUGGACCAGUUUACAGCCACGAAAGCUGCGUCAAUCAUUGGAUGGCUUGGUAAAGAUGACCAAAGAAAUGCCUAGUCGAAUGCGGCAGUAUGCGGCCUUUGAGCACGUUCAGAACGUCUUACGGCAAUUGAUCAAAGCAAACCCCCUUUUGUCUGACCUCAAGUCGGAUGCAAUUCGAGAGCGACACUGGUUGAAGAUUUACAAAGCCCUCAAGCCUAACAAGCGCUAUUCAGAAGUAUCCAUGACGCUCGGAGAUGUCUGGGAUCUUCAGUUGAUCACCAGCGAGUCCACUAUUCGCGAUAUCAUCGCCCAGGCUAGAGGAGAGCUGGCUCUUGAAGAGUUCGUCCGACAAGUUCGCGAUACUUGGCAGACUUACCCCUUGGACCUGGUCAACUAUCAAAACAAGAGUCGACUCAUUCGAGGUUGGGACGACCUAUUUGCCAAGUGCAGCGAGAACCUCAACUCCUUGCAAGCAAUGAGACACUCACCAUACUAUAAGGAGUUCGAGGAGGAAGCUUCAGCAUGGGAGGACAAGCUCAACCGAGUCCACGUUCUGUUCGAUGUCUGGAUCGGUGUGCAGAGACAAUGGGUUUACCUCGAGGGCGUCUUUACCGGCAACAACGAUAUCAAACACUUACUACCCACUGAGUCGAGCAGAUUCUCCAACAUCAACACCGAGUUUUCUGCAGUGAUGAAGAAAGUCUAUAAGUCACCUUUCGUGAUGGACGUUCUUGCCAUCCCUGGAGUCCAGAAAUCACUUGAACGCCUUGCUGAGCUUUUGAGCAAGAUUCAAAAGGCUCUAGGAGAAUAUCUCGAGCGGGAACGUGUCUCAUUUCCACGCUUCUACUUUGUCGGAGACGAAGAUCUGCUGGAAAUCAUCGGCAACAGCAACGACAGUACGCGAGUGGCAAAACAUUUCAAGAAGAUGUUUGCGGGCAUAUCUGGAGCAGAAGUCAGCGACGAUAAUACCCUCACAGCCGUCACCUCAAAAGAAGGUGAAAGUGUCAAACUCAAGAGGGAAGUUUCUCUUAUCAAGCUGCCAAAGAUCAACGACUGGCUGACGGCUCUCGACACCAGUGUUAAGCAGACAUUGGCUGAGCUCCUCGCAGAGGCUGUUGCUGCUUUCAGACCACUCUUUACCGCGCCCGAACUCGAGGUCGCGUUGUUUCAAGAUUACAUGACCAUGUUUCCAGCUCAGAUCAUGAUUCUGGCAGCUCAAGUUGUGUGGACUGAGCUUGUACAGGAGGCACUGGAGGCUGCCGGUCAGGGCUUGACAAAACUGCAUGAAUAUGAAGUACGACUGCUAGAUUUGCUGGCAGAGAGCGUUCUGCACGAUCUCCCGGCCUUGACUCGGAAGAAGUGUGAACACCUCAUCACCGAAGCCGUCCAUCAACGAGAUGUCAUCGCAAAAUUGAUCAAAGCCGAGGCUUCCUCGCCAGGUCAUCACCUGUGGAUUCUGCAGAUGCGUUAUGUGUACGAUCCCAAUGCAGACUUGAUGGGUCGACUGCGUAUCGAGAUGGCCAACGCUGUUCUGGACUAUGGCUAUGAGUAUCUCGGUGUACCUGAUCGCCUUGUACGGACGCCACUCACCGAUCGUUGUUUCUUGACUUUGACGCAAGCGCUGUGUCAACGAUUGGGAGGUUCUCCUUACGGUCCUGCAGGUACUGGUAAGACCGAAUCCGUGAAAGCGUUAGGUCUCCAGUUGGGCCGCUUCACUCUGGUCUUCUGUUGUGAUGACACUUUUGACUUCCAGGCCAUGGGUCGUAUCUUCCUCGGGUUGUGUCAGGUCGGUGCUUGGGGUUGUUUCGAUGAGUUCAAUCGAUUAGAAGAGCGAAUUCUCUCUGCAGUCUCGCAGCAGAUCCAGAAUAUCCAGAUUGGUCUGAAGAACACCACCAACGAGCAAAAGGCGCAAAUCGACCUUGUCGGACGCCGCUUCAAGGUCAAUCCUAAUUCAGGCCUGUUCAUCACCAUGAACCCUGGUUACGCAGGUCGUUCCAACCUGCCAGACAAUCUGAAGAAACUCUUCAGGAGCGUGGCUAUGUCCAAGCCAGACAAGGAGCUGAUUGCGGAGGUCAUGCUUUUCUCUCAGGGUUUCAAACAGGCAAAGCAGAUAUCGUCUCAGGUGGUGCCCUUUUUCGACCAUUGUGCUCAGCGCCUCUCAAAGCAACCUCACUACGACUUCGGGCUGCGAGCCCUGAAGAGUGUGCUCGUCAGUUCAGGAGGGCUCAAAAGAGCACGUAUGCAAGCCACCCAAGAAUCACUUGACCAUGAACGCGACCUCGAACCCCAAAUCAUCGUUCAGAGUAUUCGGGAGACUGUAUCUCCGAAGCUCAUCAAGCAAGAUGUCGAGGCACUCGUCGAAGUCCAAGCUCAAGACUUUCCAGGCGUCGAAUAUGUUCCGGCCGACAUGGAACAGCUCGUGGAUGCGAUCAAAGAAGUCAUGCGAGAAGAACAUCUAACCGAGAGCGAGGCAUGGAUGACCAAAAUCUUGCAGCUAUACCAGAUUCAGAACAUUCACCACGGUGUGAUGAUGGUGGGUCAAUCUGCCUCCGGCAAAUCCGCAAUCUGGAAAGUCCUUCUUCAAGCUCUUCAGAAAGUCGAAGGUGUGGAAGGAGUCCAACACGUGAUCGACCCCAAGGUUAUGUCGAAAGAAGCUCUCUACGGCAGUCUCGACAGUACCACGAGAGAGUGGACGGAUGGAUUGUUUACCGCUAUAUUGCGAAAGGUGGCCGACAACUUGCGCGGUGAAGAAAGUAAACGGCACUGGAUUGUUUUCGACGGCGACGUCGAUCCGGAAUGGGUUGAAAACCUGAACAGUGUGCUCGAUGAUAACAAACUCCUAACCCUACCGAACGGUGAACGACUAACUCUGCCACCUAAUGUACGCAUCAUGUUCGAAGUGGAGAGUCUGAAGUACGCAACUCUCGCCACAGUCAGUCGUUGUGGUAUGGUCUGGUUUUCAGAUGAUACAGUGAGCACGUCGUUAAUGAUCGAUCAUUACUUGCAGAAACUCGCCGGACGGAGUUUCGAGGAUCUGGACGACGAGAUCAAGGCUUCGGGCUUGGCCAGCAAAGCCCAGGAAACACAGCGCCACAUCGUGGAGACGUUGAGGGGCCUGGUCAACCGUGACGACUUCUUGCUUAAGGCUCUAUCAGCGGCUACAAAACACAAACACAUCAUGGAGUUUACAGCAGCCAGAGCUCUUGACAGUGCCUUCAGCCUGUUGGCCAAAGCCUGUCGAUCGGUCUUGGAAUACAACCUGAACCACCCUGAAAUACCUCUGGAUCUUGAACAAACUGAGGCCUUUGUCUCGAAGAAACUCCUACUCGCCUCUGUCUGGAGCUUUGUCGGCGAUGCGGGCUUGAGCAUUCGAAAGGAAUUUGGCGAUUUCCUCGGCACCAUGACAAACGUUGAUCUACCCAGCCUUGACAGCUCAACAUCCCUGAUUGACUACGAUGUGAACUUGCCCCAUGCGCAAUGGAUCCUUUGGCAAUCUCAAGUUCCUACAAUUGAUCUCAAUACGAACUCGAUUACUCAGACUGACGUUAUCAUCCCUACCAUCGAUACGGUCCGUCAUGAGGACGUUCUGUAUUCCUGGCUGUCUGAACACAAACCACUUAUGCUGUGCGGUCCACCGGGUUCCGGUAAGACCAUGACGCUCUUCAGUGCUCUGCGAAAAUUGCCGGAUAUGGAGGUCGUGGGCCUCAAUUUCUCUAGCGCCACUCAACCGGAGCUUGUUAUCAAGACCUUCGAGCAGUAUUGCGAGUAUAAAAAGACUCUGAAUGGAAUGGUGCUUUCUCCAACGCAACUUGGAAGAUGGCUCGUCAUCUUCUGCGAUGAAAUCAACCUUCCAGCUCCUGACAAGUAUGGUACUCAACGCGCAAUUAGUUUCUUGCGACAGCUUGUGGAACAGAAUGGGUUCUGGCGCACUUCAGACAGAGUGUGGGUGUCGCUGGAACGUAUUCAGUUCGUUGGCGCCUGCAAUCCUCCUGAAGAUGUUGGCCGUCAUCCUUUGGGUGAUCGAUUCUUGAGACAUGCACCUGUGGUCAUGGUCGACUAUCCUGGCGAGCUCUCGCUUACCCAAAUCUAUGGCACUUUCAACAACGCUGUCCUAAAGGUUGUGCCUACUUUGCGAGGCUUUGCCGACGCUCUUACUCAGGCCAUGGUGGAUUUCUAUCUCAAAUCUCAAGCACGAUUUACCCCUGAUAUCCAGCCUCACUACGUCUAUUCACCCAGAGAACUUACUCGAUGGGUUCGUGGCAUCUAUGAAGCCAUUUCUCCACUGGAACACCUCUCCUUGGAGGGCCUCAUCCGGAUUUGGGCACACGAAGCGCUGCGACUAUUUUCCGAUCGUCUCGUCGAACCCAGUGAACGAGCUUGGACAUCCGAUAUGGUCAGACAGACUGCUCUGGAGCACUUUCCGACAGCAGAUAUUGACCAAGCACUUCAAGGCCCUAUCCUCUUCUCGAACUGGCUUUCCAAGAACUAUAUCCCCGUCGAGCAAGAACAGCUACGGGAAUUUGUCAAAGCACGUCUCAAGACCUUCUGCGAAGAAGAGGUUGAUGUGCCGCUCGUGCUGUUCAAUGAUGUAUUGGAGCAUGCUCUGCGCAUCGACAGAGUAUUCCGACAACCACAAGGUCAUCUCAUUCUCAUCGGCACAAGUGGUAGCGGGAAGACCACGUUGUCGAGAUUUGUUGCUUGGAUGAAUGGGUUGAGUAUCUUCCAGAUCAAAGUGCAUGGCAAGUACUCGGCAGAAGACUUCGACGACGACCUCCGAGGUGUUUUAAGGGCAUGCGGUACUCGGGGCCAAAAGAUCUGCUUCAUCAUGGACGAGUCGAAUGUGCUAGACUCUGGAUUCCUUGAGCGGAUGAACACACUGCUUGCGAACGGAGAAGUCCCCGGCUUAUUCGAAGGCGAUGAGUAUUCUGCUCUGAUGACUGCGUGCAAGGAAGGGGCCCAGCGGCAGGGGCAACUUAUCGACUCCCAAGAAGAACUCUACAAGUGGUUUACCAAGGAGAUUGUCAAGAACUUGCAUGUUGUCUUCACCAUGAACCCGCCACAGGAUGGUCUGUCAUCGAAGGCCGCUACCAGUCCAGCAUUGUUCAAUCGUUGCGUGCUCAACUGGAUGGGCGACUGGUCAGAUCAAGCUCUUUUCCAGGUUGGAUAUGAACUCACCCAGUCGAUCGAUCUCGACAAGCCAAAUUUCACUGCGCCUGACAGCAUUCCUCUGGCAUAUCGCGACCUAGCGCUUCCCGCUUCUCACCGUGAUACGAUUAUCAAUGCCAUGGUGCAUAUUCACUAUUCCAUCCAGAAGACCAAUGAACGCCUGGAGCAACAGCAAGGUAUUGUCACAUAUCUCACACCUCGACAUUACCUGGACUUCGUGACGCAAUUUGGCAAGCUCUUUAGAGAAAAGAGAGAAGACUUGGAAGAACAGCAGCGCCAUCUCAAUGUUGGUCUUGAAAAGCUUCGGGACACGGUGGACAAGGUCCGUGAUCUUCGAGCAAGCCUCGACCAGAAGAAACAGCAACUAGAAUUGAAAGAUGCUGAGGCAAACGAGAAGCUACAGCGUAUGGUGGCUGACCAGCAAGAAGCCGAGCAGAGAAAAACUUCUUCCCUCGAAGUACAAACUGCCCUCGAAGAGCAAGAAAAGGAGAUUGCCAGCCGAAAGGAGAUUGUGCUCAAUGACCUGGCCAAAGCUGAACCAGCUGUCAUCGAAGCUCAACGCAGUGUCAGCAACAUCAAGCGACAACAUCUUACUGAGGUCCGAUCGAUGGCCAAUCCACCUGCCGGUGUCAAACUCGCUCUCGAAUCGGUCUGUACUUUGCUCGGCCACAAGGUAGACAGCUGGAAGAGCAUUCAAGCUGUUGUGCGCAAAGACGAUUUCAUUGCAAACAUUGUCAACUAUGACAAUGAAGAGCACAUGACACCACCGUUGAGACAGAAGAUGCGCCAUGACUAUCUGUCCAAUGAUGACUUUACUUUUGAGAAAGUCAAUCGUGCAAGCAAGGCAUGCGGACCUUUGGUACAAUGGGUCGAGGCUCAAGUCAAUUAUUCCGAGAUCCUCGAUCGAGUCGGCCCCUUGCGUGCUGAGGUUGAGCAGCUGGAAGAAAAGGCUCUGGAUACGAAAGCAAAUGCUAAAGCCAUUGAGAACACCAUCACCAAACUUGAGAAGAGCAUUGCAACUUACAAGACCGAGUACGCGGCCCUGAUUAGCGAGACCCAAGCAAUCAAGAGCGAAAUGGCUCGAGUGCAAACGAAAGUGGAUCGAAGUCUACGACUCCUGGACAGUCUGUCUUCUGAACGUGUCCGGUGGGAAGCUGCCAGCAGAUCAUUUGAGACGCAAAUCCAGACCUUAGUGGGAGACGUAUUGAUAGCAUCAGCGUUCCUGGCUUACGCAGGUCUCUAUGAUCAGCAGUUCAGAAAGACCAUGGUGGACGAUUGGCUGCACCAUAUGUCCCUAUCCGGUGUUUCUUGCAAGAAUGAUGGUUCCGUCCUUGGCUACCUUUCGUCAGCAGACGAGCGCCUUCAGUGGCAGCGUCAUUCGCUUCCCGCUGAUGACUUGUGCAUGGAGAACGCAAUCAUGCUGAAGCGCUUCAACAGAUACCCUUUGAUCAUCGACCCGCCUGGUAGGGUGACCGAGUUCUUGAAGCAGGAACAUCAAGGCCGCAAGUUGACAGUCACUAGCUUCCUGGAUGAUGCCUUCACCAAACAGCUUGAGAGCGCUUUACGCUUCGGCAACCCGAUCUUGAUACAAGAUGCGGAGUAUUUGGAUCCAAUCUUGACCCAUGUCCUCAACAAGGAGUAUCAGAAGACUGGCGGACGAGUGCUCAUCCAAUUGGGCAAACAGGAGAUCGACUUCUCCGAGCACUUCCAGCUCUACCUGUCUACUCGGGACCCCUCGGCAGCGUUCGCCCCCGACGUUUGCAGCAGAACAACAUUCAUCAACUUUACGGUCACUCGUAGCAGCUUGCAGACUCAGUCACUCAAUGACGUCCUCAAGGCCGAGCGGCCUGACGUUGACAAGCGACGAACAAACUUGGUCAAGAUGCAAGGCGAAUUCGACACCAAUCUGCGACAGCUUGAGAAGAGACUCUUGCAAGCGUUGAACGAGUCUCGCGGCAAUAUCCUUGAUGACGACAAUGUUAUCCAGACGCUCGAGACUCUGAAGAAGGAAGCUGCCGUCAUCACAAAGAAGGUUGCCGAGACGGAAGGCGUCAUGGCAGAAGUCGAACGAAUCACUCAAGGGUACAGUCGCAUCGCCAAUGCUUGCAGCGCCAUCUUCGCUUUGCUGGAACAACUCCACCACCUCAACCACGGCUAUCGAUUUUCGUUGCAGUACUUCAUCGAUAUCUUCAACUCUGUGCUGCAUCACAAUCCCCAUCUGGCGAACAAGACCAACCAUGAAGAACGAGGAGAGAUCAUUCUCAAGGAUAUUUUUGUGGAGACGUACCGGAGAACUUCCUUGUCUCUGCUGCAGAAGGAUCGUAUUGCCCUUGCAAUGCUUCUUGUUCGAGCAUCACCUUACAAGUUUGAUCGAUCUGUGAUGGAGCUCAUCCUUGAAAGCCGACCCCAAUCGCCCGCCACCAUGGCAGCUGAUACCACCGCCACUGAGGAAGCUAUUUUGGCUGCUGUCAAGAAAAUCCCGGUUUUUAAUCAUUACAUGAUUGACGCAUCUGGCCCCGCUUGGAAACGAUUCCUUUCUGCUGAGCGUGCUGAGCAUUACGUGCCUAUGAUCUGGGAUGAGACUGACAAUGCGAGCGAUCAGAGUCUCUACGAGCUCUUUCUCAUCAAGCUGGCAAGACCUGACCGAUUCCUGCCGGCAGCCGAAAAGCUGGUAAUGAGUGUGUUCGGCCCAGAGAUUUUCCAAGGCUCAGAUGACCUGGGGACCAUUGUGGAGCAAGUCACCUCUUCUGUCCCGAUCGCUCUUUGCUCGAAUCCGGGAUUUGACGCAAGCUACAAGGUUGAUGCACUGGUGGAGAAGCAAAACGCAAGCUGUGCCAACGUUGCUAUGGGUUCUGAGGAGGGUGUGGCGAGCGCCGACAAAGCUAUCACCAGUGCCGCCGCCAAUGGAGCGUGGGUACUGAUCAAGAACGUUCACCUCGCACCACAAUGGCUGCAGAGCCUUGAGAAACGUCUUUCGGCUCUGAGGCCACAUUCCGACUUCCGACUGUUCUUGUCAAUGGAGUCCAGCCCGAAGAUACCUGUCAAUCUCAUUCGAGCAUCAAGAACGUUGGUCUACGAACAGCCUGCUGGCAUGAGAGCAAACAUGAAAGAUACCUUGACAGUGCUGUCUGACAGAGGCACGAGAACGCCAGUGGAGAAAGGCAGACUUUACCUUCUUCUCUGCUUUCUACAUGCCAUCCUGCAGGAACGGAUGCGAUAUGCACCAACACUUGGAUGGAAAGGUCUUUGGGAGUUCAACGACAGUGACUAUGAAUGUUGCUCGUUCAUCAUUGAUACCUGGGUCGACGCGAUUGCACAAGGACGAUCGAACAUCGCCCCUGUCAAAUUGCCAUGGGACCUGAUCCGUACAUUGAUCACUGAAAUGUACGGUGGCAAGAUCGAUGAUGAAGGGGACUUCUCUUUGCUCAACAACAUCGUGAAUAAGGUGUUCGACCCUGCUGCGUAUGAAAGCGAGCACGAACUGGUAUCGGAUGGUGAAGGUCAGGCUCUCAAGGUUCCACAAGGGACUACGAUUCGAGACUUCUUGGGUUGGGUGGAUCGACUUCCAGAGCGAGAACCACCUGCAUACUUGGGCUUGCCUGCCGAUGCGGAGAGGUUACUGUUGAUGGGUCAAGGACGGGAGACUAUCAGCAAUUUGGCGCGGAUUACGGAUCUGCUGGAGGAAGGAGAACAAGCUGUGACGCCGCCGGGAUCACAUGCUUGAAGCUGGAAGUGGUCAAACAUGGCCAACAAGAGCUGAUUGGAGUUUUCUGGAUGUCAUCAUGGGUUCGAGCGCGUUGGAGUCUGCGCACAGUUUAUUCCUUCAUGAAGAUGGAGCGUCGGUUGCUCAAUGCGAUACAGUAUGUACAGAGCGUGGCGUUGGGGUUGGGUUGGGUUGGACUUGAAAGGGUCGAGGAGAGCAAAGUGCUUCAUAUACCCAUUCUGUGCGUCCGUCUCGUCUUUUAGAUUACGACUGGGCCCUUGGCCUGUUGUUUAGAUACUUCAGUAUGAAUCCGUAUACUUCAA